AACGAUCUUACACAUUCGGUUCAAUCUUUCUCAUUCUCGUGGUCGAUCAUAGCUCAUCUUCGUCGUACAAUUACUGAAGAUUGAAUAUCGAAGAUACUCGUUAUGGACGCACAAUCUUUGUCCGAGCAUCGCAAACCUGGAAUCGCCACCGAGGCUUAUAGCUCUGAAUUUUUAUGCAAACUUCCUAGUAUUGCAAAACAUAUCACCCAGUUGAAGAAGACUGGCGCCAACUUCAGUGUAUGGGAAAGACAGUUAAAGUUCAUGAUACACAAUCUGACUGGGUCAUCUGACUACCUCCUACACGAGUUACACAAGUACGAUCCAAAGUUAAACCGAGCAGUUCUCAACCUAAUAUUCUGGUCGAUUGACGAAGAGCUCCAACAGGACUUGAACAUUGAUGGGUCUGCUGGAGACGCCUUUCAAGUCUUGUUAGCCCGAUGCCAAUCAUAUCCUUUGACUCGUGCCGAUUUUCCUGAAGAGAUUUUGGACAACAUAGUCAAUCUAGUGUACCAGGCAUCUUCUGAAGAGAAUGACUGUAUCGAGAAAAGAAGACUGGAGCGAAUGAUUCAGGCCCCGGCCACAGGUUCCGCAUAUGUAGCAUAUCUGGAUCACUGUGGUCCACCAAUCCUUAAUACCUUUCAAAACUUGGCGGUUGUCAAUCGAAGGUUUCACCGACUUUGUCUUCCUAAGCUGUGGGAGAAAAUCCAAUUUCCAAGCGCCCUUCCCGCUCCGAUAUCACUUUGGACAGAGGAUAUACUGUUGAGGCAUGGGCACCUAGUGAGAUCUCUGGAAUUUCGAUUAGAAGAUGACCGACUUGUUCGCGAUAUGCAUCAGUUUGAAAGUGAAAGGAGUCUCUGUGAUAAUACGGGUGUCGUACCCAAUCCACAAGGCUUCAUGGGGUACAGAGAAAAAUACGGUAUUGGACUCGGGAACGUCGGAGAGUUAUUUAAAUCGUGUCCUUCUCUAGCGUCGGUAUCAGUAACUGUUCCAAGCUUUGCGUACCAUCAUGCAGAUUGGAUUGCGCAUAUCACAAUGGGCUUAAAAGGUCCAUUCCGUCUUAUUCCUCAACUGCAACAUUUAAAGCUGAAAUAUUACUCUGAGGACGGUAUCUCAAGCGAAUUUGUAUUUGACCUUCUUCGACAACUACCAUCUCUCGUAUCCUUGGAACUCUGUGGAUUUAAGUUUAGGCAGAAACCAACGAUAGAAAAAUCUUUGGGAUGGAACCUGGGCCAGCAUCAGAAACUUCGCAAAGUACGAUUUGACAAUGUGACGUGCGAGGAUGGAACUUGGACCUUGAACUCUUGGCCUCAGCGAUUUGAGAAUAUCACAGUGGUUUUUUGCAGUGGAUUGUCACCUCGCGUAUUGCACGGACUACUCAGCGGUUCUGCCCCAUCCCUUACCGAACUUCACAUCAUGCUUGGCCAUUUCCCAGACGAACCACACGUGAAUGUUCAGUUUGAUAUCCCGGCUCUCAAAGAACUCUCCAUAAUCCACAGUGGAAACUUUGACCUACUCCUAAGGUUUGAAAACUGUAAAAAUAUAGAAGCCUUUUAUUAUAGUUGCCCUAUAGAUGAUGAUGAGUGGAACUCGAUGAAGCGGUAUUUGUCUAAAUAUACUUGGCCCAAGCUCUCACUUCUAGAUUUUCGUCCUUCAAUAUUCUUUUCAAAUAACAAAGAGUCAGCUAAGAUGGACGUGAAAGAAAUUUGGAAUUCUUUCAAAAUCAAACUUUUGGUCAAUGUGGAGAUUGAUUGAAACGCAAAUCUGUGUACAUGUUCGAAUGAAACCACUAAUCUUUGUCAAAUGUUGUAAUUUCCUGAUUCAUUUGUAUUGUCUUUCUACACAUGUUACCUUUUAUUGGAGAUCUGUCCAUCGUCCAAUGAUAGCACUAGGUUUAUCCAAUCUUG